AUGCCAGGUAAAUCUAAAAAAGCGAAGAAGGUGCAGAAAAAGUUCGUGUUGGACUGCACGCACCCGGCCGAAGACAAGAUCCUCGACCCAUCAGACUUCGCUACGUAUCUCAACGAAAAGAUCAAAGUGGCAGGGAAAACAGGCAACCUGGGAACCAAUGUAAUCAUCCAGAAAGAGGGCUUCAAGGUCAACAUUCUGUCAGACAUCCCCUUCAGCAAGCGAUACCUCAAAUACUUGACCAAGAAGUACCUGAAAAAACAGAACCUCCGAGAUUGGCUCAGGGUCGUUGCCUCAAGUCCAUCAACAUAUGAACUGAGAUACUUCCAGAUCAAUCAAGAUGAUGACGAUGCUGAAGACUAG